GGACAUUUCAGGAAAAUCGGCCUCCACUCCUGUUUCACAAUGCGGGGUCUGAUAAUCUGCUGCCUGGUGGCUCUGGCCGCCUGCCAAAGCGUCCGAUACGGUGUCAGCCUGAAUCCUAAGAAGACCUACCAGUAUAAAUAUGAUGGUUUGGUGAACUUCGGCCUCGGGAUGCCGGACUUGGCUGAGUCUGGAGUGAAAAUGUCGUGUAAGGUUAACAUCAGCGGAGUGUCGGCCCAGAUGUUCACCCUGACAGUUUCCGAUCUGGCCUUCCAGGAGUUCAACGGUUUCCCGGCUAAAGACGGUUUCAUUCCGUCUCCGAAGCUCACCCAGAGGAUCUCCUCCCAGCUCUCCAAGCCCUUCCUGUUCGACUACACCAGUGGACACAUCGGAGACAUCAAGGCCAGCACCGAGGUUUCUGAAACGGUGGUGAACAUCGUCAGAGGAAUCCUGGAUUUCUUCCAGGUCACCGUGAAAAGCACCCAGAAGUUCUACGAGCUGGAAGAGAUUGGGAUCUAUGGAAAGUGUCAGAGUACCUACGCUGUUGAGGAACUCCAGAACGAUGAGCUGAAGCUCACCCGGGAGGUGGACGUCAACAACUGUGAGGAGAAAGCCGCCGUCUACCAGGGGAUGGCCACAGCUGUGCUCGACAAAACCUCCCAACAGAGAGGAGAAUCCAUUGUUUCCACGGUGACGUACGUCUACACGGUGAAGCCCACGGCAGAGGGAGGCCUCAUCAAAGCAGCCCACAGCCUGGAGAGACAGCACUUCAGCCCCUUCAAUGUGAAGGGAGGCAGCUUCAAGAUGCAAGCCACGAAGAAGCUGGAACUGUUCAGUGAGGAGGCUUUAGCUGAAGAAGCCACCAUUGGCCCGAUGGAGAGCCGAGGAGAUCUGGUCUACAAGUUCAUCAACGCAGAAGAUAAAGUUCCCAUCAUGAUGCAGGACCUGACAGACCCGGUUCCAAAGGCCAUGGAGCUGAUCAAACGUCUGGCUGCUGCUAAUAAUCACACAAUCGACAGUUCAACCACUGAAGACACGGUGAAGCUGUUCCAGCUGCUCAGAGUAACACCGUACGAAGGACUAGAGGAGACGUGGAAGCAGCUGAGAGAAAACCCAGAGGACAGACGUUGGUUUUUGGACACCAUUGUUGAGAUCGGCGAUGCCAGGAUCCUGAAAUUCCUGGAGAAGAGGUUCCAGGCCAGAGACAUUUCUGUUAACGAGGCUCUGCAGACUUUCCUGGUGGCCAUUAAUCAUCUGAAGACCGAUCAGGAGCUGGUGGAGAUGGCCAAAAUGUUCCUCAACGUGCCUUUCAGUAAAUCCGACGUCUAUCUGUGGCACACUGUGGUUCUUACCUACGGUUCUCUGGUCUACAAACACUGUGCUUAUAACACAGCUUGUCCAGUAUCUGUUGUUCAGCCCCUGUUGGACAUGGCUGUGGAUGCUCUGAAAAAUGGAAUCCAUGAAGACCAGGUCCUGGUUCUGAAAGCUCUGGGGAACGCGGGUCAUCCAGGCAGCAUUAAAACCAUCAAGCGCUUCCUGCCAGGAGUCGCAGCGAAUCCCGUGGAUCUGCCGCCUCGAGUUCAGAGUGCCGCCGUUCAGUCCAUGAGGCUCAUCGCUGCCAGAGACCCUCACAGUGUCCAGGAGAUCACCAUGAGUCUGUUCCUGCAGAAGAAUCUCCCCACUGAGAUACGGAUGUUGGCCCUCAUGAUGCUGUUCGACACCAAGCCAUCAAUGGCGCUCGUUUCCAUGGUUACUGGUCACUUAAUGGAAGAAAAAGACCUGCAUGUCGGCAGCUUCGCCUACUCUUACCUGAAAAGUUUUGCCAGAUCCAAGACUCCAGACAACCACUUCCUCUCGACUGCCUGCAACAUUGCCAUGAAAAUCCUGGCUCCUAAAUUCGGUCGCCUCAGCUACAGCUACAGCCAGGCCAGACGGAUGGAUUGGUUCAACGAUGAUUUCCUAAUCGGCACGGCCGGUGAAGUCUUUAUGCUUGGAAAUGCGACCAACAUCUUCCCCACUGAGUUCAUGACAAAAGGAAAACUGUAUGUUAUCGGUAGAAUUCUUCAGCUGAUGGAGUUCGGUUUCCGUGCUGAGACAGUUCAGCAGCUGUUUGGCAGCUCCAUCCCUGGAUUCAAAGGAGAUUUUAGUUUCAGCGACUUACAGGCUGUUUUCAGUGUGCUUAAAAACUGGGAAGUUCUGCCAGAAGAUCAGCCCGUUCUUUCUGCUUUUACUCGAGCCUCUGGACAGGAGUGGUUCUUUGCUGAUAUCAACAAAUCGCUCAUUCGGAGUGUUGUCAAGGCUCUCAACGUUUCUGCAGGGAAAGAUACUCCUCUGUGGAUGAUGAUGGAGAAUCUUCAGAAGGGAUAUUCAUGGCGUUGGACCAAACCUUUCCUGAUCUUUGAGGCUCGGUACUUCCAGGCCACCACUCUGGGUCUGCCACUGGAGAUCAGCAAAUAUUACCAGAGCGUCACUGGAGUCUCAGUUAACGCUAAAGCUGGAAUAAAUCCUCCACCUACUGAGCAUCUCGGACAGCUGUUGAAGUCUGAAAUUUCCCUGGACAGCGAUGGUUUUAUUGGGUUCACGAAGGACUUCUGGAUGUUCUACGGAAUAAACACCGAGUUCUUCCAAUCUGGUUCCGAGUUUAUCACCAAAAUUCCUGUCAGUGCUCCAUGGAAGUUCACCGCUAAAAUCAAUGCUGCACAAAAGAAAUACGAGUUUGACUUCCCACUGUGCAACAAAGAGAUUGAAUUCUUCUCAGUCAGCUCCAACGUUUACGCAGUUUCCAGGAACAUCGAAGAACCAAUUUUGGCCAAAAUGACUCCAAUGAUCCCCGACAUUACAGUUUCUAAUGACCAGAUCCAGACAGCAAACAUCUGGCGUCCAAAAACCAACAGCUGUGUGGAGAGUCAGAUCUACGGAGCUGGACUCUGUGUGGAGUCUGAGAUAAGGAGGCAGUAUUAUAAUGAGGAGUAUCCUCUCUUCUACUUCCUGGGUUACACUCAAAUGGCCAUCAAACUAGGCCCAGUCAAGGCAAACCGAGAUGUGGAUAAAAUCCACUUGGAGGUGAAUGCCGGCCCCAGCACACAUCCGAUGAACGCCCGCCAGCUGCUGGAGACUCUCAGGAGGCUUUCUCAGGAUGCAGCCCAGAAAGUCGGCGUUUCCUCAGAUUCAGCCACCAGAGGAACUCGACGAAGCCCACGAGACGCCGCAACGGACGGUUUAGACUCAACUCCUGAAGCCAUGUUCAACGUUAAACUGUUCGCCCUGAGCGGCAACCAGAAGCCUGAAGGGUUCGAUGCUGUCAUGUACAACGCGUCUGAAGGAAACAGUCGGAACGCUGAGCUGAUCGUGUCUCAGGUCGGAGAAGACGUCAACUGGAAGGUGUGCGUCGACGCGGCGAUGAGUAAUGGCGCCGAGGCAAAGGUUCACAUCAGUUGGGGAUCUGAAUGUCAGUCCUAUGAGAUGUGGAUGGAAGCUGCUGCUGUAAAUCCUCCUGGUUCCAAACCGGCGUUUAACGGCACGCUUCGCUGGAGCAGAAUCCCAGACUACCUGGAGGAGUAUGGCAGCAGGAUUGAAAGCUACGUUCCCAGCAUGGCGUUGCUAUUCGGCUUCUACCAGGAAAACCAGGAGAAUGUCCAGCGGGAGGUUUCUGCUUCGGUUGUUGCUGCCUCAGCACACAGCUUUGAUGUGAAGAUUAGAUUCCCAAAGUACACGGUGUACCGGCAGGCCGUUCCAUUUCCUCUUCUAGCCUCCAGCAGCUUCCACGCUUCAGGAACUCAAAAAUAAUCUGGACAAAAACAUAAGAGCCCAGAUGCGAUCCAGACGUCCCAAUCCUGAAGGAAGAGAGGACCAUGAAAUAUGAAUAUUAUUAGUGCGCCACAUGUUUAGAAAUCACCUCUAAAAGUCCUGAUUUAUCCAUUUAGAGCAGUUUAAUGUUGGAACACCGAUGUUUUAUCAUUAUCUUCAUGGUGCUGGACAAAUCAGAAACUAAUUUUUCAAAAUGUUGUAAAAAUCUGUGCUUCCCCUGAUUAAAAUGCAGCGAAGAAAACA